CAAGAACGUUGGCCUGCUAGUGUUGUCCACUGCUUACACCGCUCUAUUCCCUCUAUCAUCCAGACCUUGCUUACGGACCCCAACCAAUACGCCGCUCCUCAACGUAUAUCGUGCUUUACUCACAAUGGUUCUCAAACCCCUUGAUACCGUAGAGUUCACUGAUGCGAGCCACUCACCAGUGCUUCAUCGAGAUCUACGGGGUCAGUUUGCACGCAUUGUUGGUGGUGAAGGUCACCACUAUGUGGUAGAAGGUGGCAGAAAACUCUUUGACGCCUCUGGAGGCGCCGCUGUCGCUUGUAUCGGUCAUGGUGACAAAAGAGUGGCAGACGCUAUGGUGCGGCAGAUCAACAGUAUCGCAUAUAGUCCUUCGACAUUCUUCACAACCCCCACCUGCGAGAAAUUGUGCCAGUUUCUCGUCGAUUCGACCGGCGGCCAGAUGUCACGAGCUUACCUCGUCAGCAGUGGAUCCGAGGCCAUGGAGGCAGCGAUGAAGCUCGCAAGGCAGUUCUUCCUAGAGAAGGACACGCCAGAGCCACAGAGACACCUUUUCAUAGCUCGGGAAAGGUCAUAUCAUGGAACAACUCUGGGCGCACUUUCGAUGGGUGGUCAUGUUUCUCGCCGAGCUAAAUUCACGCCGAUGCUCCUCGACAACAUCGUCUCUCAUGUGGCCCCUUGUUAUGAGUACAGGGGCAAAGCGCCUGGGGAACCGGACGCCUCAUAUGUGGCUCGCCUUGCUCAGGAGCUCGACGAUGAGUUUACACGGGUAGGACCGGGGAAUGUGUGCGCUUUUGUGGCGGAGCCGGUUGUUGGAGCUGCUCUGGGUUGUGUCCCAUCUGUGAGCGGUUAUUUCAAGGCUGUGAAGGCAGUUUGCGAUCGGCAUGGAGCGCUUCUGAUUAUGGACGAAGUCAUGAGCGGCAUGGGCCGCUCUGGGACUCUCCAUGCUUGGGAGGGCGAGGGGGUAGUACCCGAUAUCCAGACUAUUGGCAAGGGCCUAGCCGGGGGUUACCAACCGAUUGCAGGCGUUCUGGUCAACAAGGGAGUAGCCGAUAUGUUGGAGAAGGGUUCCAGUUGUUUCGUUCAUGGGCACACAUAUCAAGGCCACCCUAUUGCGUGCGCAGCAGCACUUGAGGUACAGCAUAUCAUUGAGUCGGAUGGCCUCCUCGCCAACGUGCGAGCCAUGGGCCAACUCCUUUCGGAACUCUUGAAGGAGGGCCUCAAGGACGAACCUUACGUGGGAGAUAUCCGCGGCAAGGGACUCUUCUGGGGUAUUGAGUUUGUGCGGGACAAGGUGAGCAAGGAACCUUGGCCAAGAGAAGUACAGGUGGCGACGGAGAUGAGCGAUCUUGGGCGCACCGAAGAAUACGGCAUCGUGAUUUACCCUGGUGCGGGAACUAUGGACGGCGUUCUAGGUGAUCACAUCAUUGUGGCGCCGCCGUAUACUGUGACACGGAGCGACGUUGAGUUCAUUGCCGAGACGGUGGUGAAGUUGAUCAAGAGUUAUUUCGUCGGACUGGAGAAGUCCCGGUCAGCUAUUUGACUGACUUGAAUGUCACUAUUGUCACAAUUUCUACACUGCAUGUAUACCAUGCGAGAGUAGCAAGAAAAGACUAGUUUGGCAACGUUCGAUAAUACCACAUGCGUACUAAAUAAUAGGUAUAUGAAGAGACAAGAAGAGUAUAUGGAAGAAGUGGUGAAAAAACCGAGAUUGUAAAGUUACUCUAAGAGAGAACUUUUGUUGAAUAAAGUGCGUUGAA